GCCAUGGGUUAGUGUACAGGAGAGUAGGGAGCUAAAGGGCCAGUCAGGAGAUGUGUGCUGAGCUCUAUUUUCGCCCUACUGAAGAUUAUUUUUAAUUCUCUAGCAGCUAUUCCUACAUACACAUACUCAGGUAAAGACGUACAAAGUAUACGGAGCGAAAGUCACUCUGGUUAUGAACAACGUAUAUCUCUUUUUAUAGUACAAAUACUAAUCAUGGCUGUGCUGUUCAUGAAUUAUGUAUUGGGAUGAGAUUCUUUUUAUCACAGCAGGGGUUAACGAAGCUCGGAAGUCUGCCCCUCCUUCGUUGGUCAAGAGAAACAAAGCCUUAGAAACGAAGCCCAGCCUUUCAUUGGUUGGUGGUUACUAGGAGCUGGGACUUUAAGACCGUAGCCUAAGCAGAGAAGAAACAGGGGGAGUUAAGUGGGACUUGGCGGAGGAGACCAACCACCGUGUGUGGAAUCGGGACCCCCCCCCUUUAACACAGAGAGUGGGAAAAACUGCGGUAACCUGGAAAGAAGCGAAGGGAGAAUGGAAACAUAAGGGACAAAGGCGACAUCGGUGCUGCCAUGAGGGUGUGAGAGCGCUCCGGAGUGUCACUAUUGGGCGAUGUGAGGGGCACAGGCAGUGUCUCAGUCAUUCUGGCAUGGAGAAUCAGGAGCUCAUCAGCGCAUCGGAGCUCAUUAAAGAUCGCUUAUAUUUUGCUACACUGAGGAACAAACCAAAAAGCACUCUAAAUACUCACUACUUCUGUACAGAUGAGGAGUUUGUGUAUGAAAAUUUCUAUGCAGAUUUUGGGCCUCUGAACCUUGCACAGCUCUACAGAUAUUGCUGCAAACUUAAUAAGAAGCUCAAGUCCUUUAGUUUAUCCAGAAAGAAGAUUGUUCAUUAUACAAGCUUUGAACAGAGAAAAAGAGCAAAUGCAGGCUUUUUGAUCAGUGCAUAUGCGAUUAUCUAUUUAAAGAAGUCUCCAGAGGAGGUAUAUAGAGCUCUUCUUAGUGGGACUAAUGCUCAAUAUCUUCCUUUCAGAGAUGCUUCAUUUGGGAGCUGCACAUAUAACCUUACCAUACUGGAUUGCUUGCAGGGGAUCCGAAAGGCUCUAUACUUUGGCUUCUUUAACUUUGAGAACUUUGAUGCAGAUGAAUAUGAACAUUAUGAGAGGGUUGAGAAUGGUGAUUUUAAUUGGAUUGUUCCUGGCAAGUUUUUGGCAUUCAGUGGGCCCCACCCAAAAAGUAAAAUUGAAAAUGGUUAUCCCCUUCAUGCACCCGAAGCUUACUUCCCAUAUUUCAGAAAACAUAAUAUCCGGGCUGUCAUCCGAUUGAACAAGAAAAUUUAUGAUGCCAAACGAUUCACCGAUGCAGGAUUUGAUCAUUAUGACCUGUUCUUUGUGGAUGGGAGCACCCCUAGUGAUGGAAUAGUGCGGAGAUUCCUGAACUUGUGCGAGAACACUGAUGGAGCUAUUGCUGUACACUGCAAAGCUGGCCUAGGCAGAACAGGAACCCUCAUUGCUUGCUACAUUAUGAAGCACUACAGACUUACACACUCCGAAGCCAUUGCAUGGAUCCGAAUAUGUAGGCCUGGUUCUAUCAUCGGACCCCAGCAGCACUUUUUGGAAGAGAAGCAGACCUGGCUAUGGCUUCAGGGUGACCUUCACAGAAGUAAUCAGAAACAGAUUCAGUCAGAGGAUCAGGCUGUAACACGGAUUUUGACCGACUUUGGGGAGUUGUCUUUGUCGGGGAAGUUCUCUAGCAAUAACAUUUACGAACGAGACAGAGAGAUUAACUCUGACGAUGAACUGGAUCACAGCAAUGGGUUAACCCAGGGAGACAAACUUCGUGCCUUAAAGAGCAGAAGACAUCCACGAUCUGCGACUACUGGUGCACUGCGGCUGGAAGACAUGAAACCACACACGAGAUCUACAUCACAGCCUUUCAGGGUACUUGCUUCCAACAGCACACAGGGAUCCAUGUCUCCUCUGAAGUCAUCAAGAGUUACUUCUUCCACAUCGGCCGUUGGAAGAAGGGUUGCACAGAGCCCGAGAUCAACCAAUAGCAAAGGUGGAGGUUUCUCAGCAAAUAUGCGGUUUGCUGGCUCCCUUGGAAAUCUGAAUUCAGCUUUGGAAGAGAUAGAGAGCGCCCGUCGCCCUUAUACUAACCGAGCCAUCAGUUCCCAGGCGGUACCCUCCAACCUCUACAUUUCCCACUCUCGUGUCAGAAGUCAAGGCGAGCUAAACAACAAUCGCAACCAGAAUGUCCCCAGCACACCUAGUGAUAUGUAUGGAUCGUUCCGACCCUCAUACACAGGCCUCUCCUCCAGUCCACGUUACCUGAGCCGUUCUAUUCCUUCCCUUCAGUCUGAAUAUGCCCAGCACUGAAUGUUCACAGAUUCCAGUUAACCGUUUCUCAGUGGCAGAAUCUCAGUCGUGGAGAAGCAGAGGGCAGACAAAGAGAAGAAUGUCUAUGUCCACAUAACCUUCAUCUCCCCACUUAUCAGGACUGGUUUGGAGCCCUGACAUGUACACACUACUGACUUACACCCCCUACUGACUGAUAUAUUGUUUUUUAAUAUCCUGGACUUCACAGAAGCUGCCACGGAUUUUUUUUUUUAAUUGGAAUUUUCUAUUGAAAUUAUUUUUCUAGAAAUGUAUUUUGUUGUUACGCAAAUUAGCUAAUAGGUAUAGUUAAUAUUUUGGAAUGCUUUAGAAUAUAUUAAAUACUGUAUAUGUGUUAAAAUAUUGCAGAAUAUAUUUUCAUGGUAGGAAUUCUUUGUAAUCAGAAGCAGAAUAUAUAUUUUUCUGUUUAGGCUAAUAUUUUUAUAAUAGUGUUUGCAGUGACGGAAGAUUUCAUUUUUUAUGGAUGAAGAUACUUCGGGAACAUAUUGAAAUGGAGAACUACAGUAUUUAGGGAACUGGGUUGGAAAUGUAGGUUAUCAUGCAGUACUGCUGAGGUUAAGGGAUUUUAUGCAGUACAUAUCAAUUUGGCAUGUCCUUGGAUGUGCCAAAUCAAUACCAAGCUAGACAUCAGGAAUCCUGUAAAACCAUUCCUACUAGCAAUGUAUUAUAAACACCAUAUGGUAGUCUUCCUCAUUUUAAAAUGGAUCAAGGGGUGCCUUUUAUUUCCAUCCAGCCACUUGCAGUUGCUCCUGUGUGCCCUCUUUAAGCCCAGUAGGGCCGUUACUCACAUGCACCUUUUUUUCUGUGGGGUUGCACUGCAGACAUCAGACUACAGCACCCAUAAGGUUAAUGUUUUAGAACAGAAAAUAUCCGUAUAUAUUUAUAGUGUUAUUACUUGCUAUGCUCAUAAAAUAAGCUAUCAGUAAUAAUACAUUUCCUGCUUAGGUGCAAUUAGGGGAACACAUCUCUAAUAAGCAUGCUGUAGGGACACCAGCAGGCAGACUGAUCAGCAAGACUGUUAUAAUGAUUACUCGUUACACAGGUAAUUAUUAGCAUUGCACUUUCUGAAAAAGAACAACAGUUUAUGAUGAAUUUGUAUGAUUUUAUUACUAAAAAUUAAUUUUAAUUUAUGAGUGAUUUGUUCUUUUACACUGGGUAGUAAUGCGGUGCUCUUUAUAUGCAAUAAUCUUCAGAGUAUCCAAAUUAUUAAAUACAUUUUUGUAAUGUGAUCCUGUGUGGGACUACCAUUGAGAAGAGUUUUGAAGGAGGCUAUUUUUUUUAUUACAGCUGAUCCAUCACUUUCAUAAAUAUAAGGGAGGGCAGCCUUUGCUUAUUGCCACUCACAUAUCCAGUUUUAUUGGCAGGGAAAACUAUUCUACAUUUAGAAGAAAUAUCCAAGUAAAUAUAUUCCCAAUAGGUUUUCAAGUUUUUUGUAUCUUUAAAACAUCUUUAUGGUUGUUAACAUGCUUUAAUACGCUAUUUUUGCCAAGGGACAGGACCUGUGCACCUAAGCACCCCAAGUAGAGCUCUACAGAUUUUGUAUAAAACAGUUUCCCAGCAAAAAUAUUCAUUCUGCUUUUCCACCUCUCUGAAAACUCAGAAGUGCUUUUUUCAUGUUCUCUCUCUAGGACUGACCCAGCAAUAUCAUAUUUUAUAAUUUUGUGCAGGCCAACCAUCUGUAGAACCCUCAUUUUUGUCAUAGCUAUGGGUUGCCACCUGCCAGCUUCUCUUUUCCAUUGCUUUUGUACAGAUCAGCUACAGUCCCAGCUACAACUACAGCCACAUAAGGGUUGAUUCUCGGGCUGUGACCAAAAGCAGACCAAAUAUCAGCCCCCUAUGCUCCAAUUAGCUUUUUGAUGUACCUGCAUGCAGAGCCACUGUGUUAGCCCAGGUACAGGCACACAAAGUGAAUAUUGAUGCCAAAAUACAUACUUUGCCGCUGAAAUCUGCUCCGCAUGCCUGCAUCUGGGCCGACACAGUGGCUCCAUUUGCAGGCACAUGUGAAUUCUGAUUCCCGCCCUAAAUGACAAGCUUUCAAAAGUGAAGGGUUGCCUGCCUUUGUUUAAGAUUCAUUUCCAUGGGGCACCAUUAACAAGGUGAAAAGGCCUGGUUUAGCACAAAAUGGUUUAGCCAGGACCAUAAACUCUGCCAGGAGAGAAGUCCAUUAGCUGCACCCAAACUAUUGAUGAGCCAUAACUUAUGACUUUUCCUGGAAAAAAUACUGAUCUUCCUGUGUAUGUUGUUUUUUCUUCUCUAUUGUUAACAAUAGCAUCAAGUGUAAACUUUGUCAGCCAGGUGGCAACUAUACUCUCUGAGUAAAGUGUUUUAACCAAGUGGCUUGGAAAAUCGAGUGUUCCUUUAGGAACACAUGUACGCAAGUGCAGUCUAGUGUCAUUUUUGGUGACACAUUUGCACCCAAUUCUUUAGGCACUUCUAUUGAUGCUGGGCAGUGUAUGCAGGAUACCCCUGUAUCAAUAGGCACAGCAAUGCUCAAUUCGGAACGGAAGGCAGGAAGGACUGGAGUGGCACUGAGUGCAACUAUUCAAAAGUGCAAGGAGCACAUUAUGAUGCAAGUACCUUUAGUGAAACACACCUGACUUGAGAGAUCACAGCUGCACUUGUGGACAUACAUGAUCCCUAGUCUCUUGCUAGAUUUAUUAUGCCUAGGACAAUAUAGGGAUAUUUUAUGGCAAAAUCAUUUGCAAGGAUAAGUGAGUUGUUAAAGGAUGGCAAAAAUAUUAGGUUUGGGCUCAUAUUUGCUGGUGGAAUAAGCUAAAUAAUUAUGUGAUAAAGUGAUGUUCCUUCCCUUCCUGGCUUUGGCACAGGAUGAGAAUGAAGGUGCUAACUUGCUUGCACUAAAAGGUCUUUCUGAAACCUAAUAAAACUUAAUUCAAAAUAAUCAUACCUUGUGCUUCAGUGGGUUUGCAUUGUAUGCAGUUUUUAUAAAUAGUGACUUUGUGUCUAUCACUGUAUCUCUUUUUACUGUUCUUCAUUAUCUAAGAAGGCUUCUGCAGCAGUUACUGACUAUUAUGCUUUGUAUAUUUUUAUAUACUGACUGUUCAAAAAUAGCAUCCUUUCACACUGUACAUGUUUAUUAAAUUAUAUUGUGGAUGGGUAAAAUCUAAAA